GUCUUAAAUAAUAAUAAUUAAAUUCCAGAAACCUUGUCCAUAUCCAGAAGAUCUCCCUAAAUCCUCUUUCUCAGUUCAAAAACCCUACAAGCAUUCACUCACUCAUAAGGGUUAGGGUUUGUGUUCUGUGCUGGUUUCAAGGUUUAAACUUUAAAAGAAAGUAUAUAUAUUUAUAUAAGAAUAAAGAUGCAGCAGCCGCAGCAGAUGAUGCCUAUGAUGCCUUCAUUUCCACCCACAAACAUCACCACUGAGCAGAUUCAAAAGUAUCUUGAUGAGAACAAAAAAUUGAUUUUAGCGAUAUUGGACAAUCAAAACCUUGGAAAACUUGCUGAAUGUGCCCAGUACCAAGCUCAGCUUCAAAAAAAUUUGAUGUACUUAGCUGCAAUUGCUGAUGCCCAACCGCAAGCACCAACAAUGCCUCCCCAGAUGACCCCACAUCCGGCGCUGCAACAAGGAGGGUAUUUUAUGCAACACCCUCAGGCAGCAGCAAUGGCUCAGCAACAAGGUAUUUUUCCUCCGAAGAUGCCAUUACAAUUUAAUAAUCCACAUCAGAUACAGGAUCCACAACAGCAAUUACAUCAGCAGCAACAGGCCAUCCAAGGGCAAAUGGCGAUGAGAGCUGGAGGGGCCAACAAUGGUUUGCAUCCCAUUCAUACUGAAAACAUUCUUGGAGGUGGCAGCAGUGGUCCACCUUCUAUUGCAGGCCCAAAUGACAUACGUGGAGGAAGCAAACAAGAUGGCUCUGAGGUUGGGACAGCUGGUGCUGAUGGCCAGGGAAGCUCAGCUGCCGGGCAUGGAAGUGGUGAUGGAGAAUCUUCUUACUUGAAGGGGUCAGAGGAAGCAAAGUAACAUGUUCCUAUGGGCCAUUCGUCCCAUUCCGCAUGAAUACAUGUGGCUGUCGAUAGUAGGUGUCUGUUAGAGUAAAAGUGGUAUGUUCUGUUGUCUUUGAUAGAUUGAGGGAUGUACUAAAAGUUUUACCUGUUGUAGUAUUUAAGAGAGUUAGGUAGUUGAAGUUGUAUUUUAAGAGUCUUGGCAUGCAAUGAAUUCUGCCACCAAAUGGAACAUGUGGUUAAGUCAAGACAAUCUUAGUCGGAAGAGGAAGAGAGGUGAGUGAGGCAUGUGGCCAUAAACUGUCAAUUUGUAAUAACUUACAAAUACAUGCAGGGUCUUCCAGACUUGUGAUUGCAUUAAUGUUUUGUUGCUUUUGAACAUUAAUUUGUCUUCGUUCAAAUUA